GUACGUCCACAUUGAUUGGGGACAAGGUAGCACUGGCAGCUGCCACCAACCCAACCCAGCUCCAUAAAUCUCCCUAUUCCCUGCGAGACUCCGAGCCAUUCGUCUUCCACCUUCCACCGCUACUGCGAGAAAGAAUGGUGAGCCUUGAUUCCAUCCGUAAGGCGCAGAGGGCCAGCGGCACUGCCGCCAUUCUGGCCAUCGGCACGGCGACGCCGCCGAAUGCCGUGGAUCAGGGCACGUACCCGGACUACUAUUUCCGCAUCACCAACUGCGAGCACAUGCGUGAGCUCAAGGAAAAGUUCAAGCGCAUGUGUGAUAAGUCCAUGAUCAAAAAGCGGCACAUGUACCUCACAGAAGAGAUCCUGAAGCAGCACCCCAACAUCUGUGACCACAAGGCUCCCUCCCUGGACGACCGGCAGGCCAUGGUGGUGACCGAGGUCCCCAAGCUUGGGCGCGACGCCGCCGUCCGAGCCAUCAAGGAGUGGGGCCAGCCCAAGUCCAGGAUCACCCACCUCAUCUUCUGCACCACCUCCGGCGUCGACAUGCCCGGCGCCGACUACCAGCUCACCAAGCUCCUCGGCCUCCGCCCCUCCGUCGGCCGCUUCAUGCUCUACCAGCAGGGCUGCUUCGCCGGCGGCACCGUCCUCCGCCUCGCCAAGGCCCUCGCGGAGAACCACCGCGGCGCCCGCGUCCUCGUCGUCUGCUCCGAGAUCACUGCCGUCACCUUCCGAGGGCCCUCCGAGGACCACCUCGACAGCCUCGUCGGCCAGGCGCUCUUCGCCGACGGCGCCGCCGCGCUCAUCGUCGGCGCCGAUCCCGAUACCACAGUCGAAAGGCCGAUAUUCGAGAUCGUGUCGGCGUCGCAGACCAUCCUGCCGGACAGCGACGGCGCCAUCGACGGGCAUUUGACGGAGGCCGGGCUGACGUUCCAUCUGCUGAAGGACGUGCCGGGACUCAUCUCCAAGAACAUCGAGCAUAGCUUGGUCGGGGCGUUCCAGCCGUUGGGGAUAUCGGACUGGAAUUCGUUGUUCUGGAUAGCCCAUCCUGGCGGGCCGGCCAUUUUGGACCAGGUGGAGUCCAAGCUGGGCCUGGAGCCAACCAAGCUCAGCUCGACGCGGCACGUGCUCAGAGAGUUCGGGAACAUGUCGAGCGCGUGCGUGCUGUUCAUACUGGACGAGAUGCGGCGGCGGUCGGCGGAGGAGGGGCUGGGGACGACCGGCGAGGGGCUGGAGUGGGGGGUGCUCUUUGGGUUUGGGCCGGGACUCACGGUGGAGACGGUGGUGCUCCAUGGCGUGCCUAUCUGAGAUGGGCCAUGCAGCUCUUGCAUGCGUUAAGCUGCAUGCAGUUACUAGGUACUAGGUACGGGAGUGGGAGGCAAUGGUGUUAUCUGUGUGUUGUGAAUGUUUGUUGUGAGCCGAAUUCAUCUUCUCGAUGAUUUCGGGUGUAUGUAUCAUGUAAUCUGUUAAAGAGGAAUUCAUUGCCUCGAUGAAUUCUUCGCUUAACUAAAGGAUCCUAUGUAGGGAUUCAAGUAGCCCUCCAACUUCUCUUCAAUAAUUUUUUAAGAAACUA